UUAUGGGUUAGUGGCUCUCAUCCAAAGAUGUGUCUUACGCCAUUUUCUGAGAUCAGGGAAUAAAUCGGUCUGCUUUGCGAUUCGGUUUGUUAGGAUUCUUUUGAGAAUACGUUAGAUUUAAAACAUGGGAAGAAAGAAGAAGAAGCAGAUGAAACCAUGGUGCUGGUAUUGCAACAGAGAUUUCGACGAUGAAAAAAUUCUCAUCCAGCACCAGAAGGCAAAACAUUUCAAAUGUCACAUAUGCCAUAAGAAACUGUACACAGGUCCAGGUUUAGCCAUUCAUUGUAUGCAGGUUCAUAAAGAAACUAUAGAUGGCGUUCCCAAUGCGAUACCCGGCAGGACAGACAUAGAAUUGGAAAUCUACGGGAUGGAGGGCAUACCAGAGAAAGACAUGGAGGAGAGACGGAGAGUGCUUGAACAGAAAACACAAGCAGAGAGUCAGAAGAAGAAGCAGAACAGCCAGGAGGACUCCGAUGAGUACGAGGAGGACGAGGAGCCGGGCCCCUCUUUCCAGCAGCCCUCCAUGCAGCCCCAGAGCACCUUCAUCCCCCCCAUGACCCAGCCGGGGAUGCCCCCCGUCCACGGAGCCCCCGGAAUGCCCCCGGGGGGCUACCCAGGAAUGCCCCCCAUGAUGCCGGGUGUUCCGCCGAUGAUGCAUGGGAUGCCGCCGGUGAUGCCUGGCAUGCCCCCCGGUAUGAUGCCAAUGGGUGGAAUGAUGCCACCCGGACCUGGAAUGCCCCCGAUGAUGCCAGGCAUGCCACCAGGCAUGCCUCCCCCGGUGGGACAUCGUCCGGGCAUGUCCCCCAUGGCUCAGGCCCCCCCCGUGACGGCUCCAGCCGCGAACAGGCCGGCCAUGCCCGUCGUCACCGCUCCCGCGCCCCAGCCCGCCGUCACCAAACCGCUGUUCCCCAGCGCUGGACAGAUGGGGACUCAUGCUCCAAGUACAAGUACAUCUUCACCAAGUGCAGACACUCUGUCAGCAUCUGCUAAGCCCCUGUUCCCUAGCACAGCACAAGCUCAGCAGGCCGUGUCCGGUCCGGUGGGCACAGAUUUCAAGCCUCUGAGCGCGCCCGCCACGUCUUCAGAGACUCCCAAAGCCACAUUCCCCGCUUACACCCAGGCUACCGCCUCCACCACUAACCCCUCCAGUAGCACUGUAUCCAAACCCCCAGCUACUGUGACAAGUAAGCCUCCCACCCUCACUACAACGAGUGCAACCAGUAAGUUGAUCCACCCUGAUGAGGAUAUCUCGCUGGAGGAAAGACGGGCUCAGUUGCCUAGAUACCAGCGGAAUAUUCCCAGGCCGGGACAGGCCCAUAUGGCUGUCCCGCCUGUGGGACCAAUGGGGGCCAUGAUGCCCCCCCAGCAGGGCAUGCCCCCACAGCAGCCUGGGAUGAGGCAUCCCAUGCACGGGCAGUACGGUGGGCCCCCCCAGGGAAUGCCUGGUUACAUGCCUGGGGGAAUGCCCCCGUACGGGCAGGGGCCACCCAUGGUCCCGCCUUUUCAAGGGGGCCCCCCCAGGCCGCCCAUGGGAAUGAGGCCUCCCGUAAUGUCUCAGGGAGGUCGAUACUGAAGCUGAACCGCCGUCUCUCUCAAUAGGUUUGGAGAUUAAACCUUCUCUCAUCUUUUUUUUUUUUCCUUUUCUUUUCUUUUCUUUUUUUUGUUUAAAUUAAGCAGAACACCCUAGUUACAGUAAGUCAAGGGGAUGAGGAAGGAGGGAGGGGGAAAAAAAAAAAAAAAAUUUGCGACGCAUGGGACGAUUUUUGAUUUUGCAUAAAAUGUUUUAUUUAAAAACGAAAUGUCCGAGCUGUUGUUUGCAUUUGAUACUUGUAUGGAUUGUUUUUUUCUUCUCAUGUUCCAUUUAGGUUUUUAGAAGCGAAGUUUAGUAAAUGUGGUUCGUAAUGUUUUUGUAGGCCCUGGAGUAACAUGAACGUGUGCCACCUUAAUCAAGGCAAGUUUCUGUAAAAUACCUUUAUUCUACUGAAGUGUGAGGCCUUCGCAGCACCCUAGGUGCUGUUGGACUUCGUGUCCCCAGCUUUGCUUGGUGAGGGCUUCAGAUGAACCUGUUCCUGCUCUUCUGUGUCUAGCUUUGUCGUUCCGGGUUUUCACUCGAGCCCAGAAACGUAACUUAAAAAUGAAUGGUUUCUGUACUGUUGUGUAAAAAAAAAAAACAUAACAAAAUGAUUAUUGUAAUAAAACCUGAUGAAAACUUGAGGCUGUUUUUCAUGACCCGGGGGCAAGGAUCCACUCAGUGAAGGUUUGUACUGUGUGCUGGAUGUGUGCAACCGUGACUGUAAACGCCUGAUGUACUACAGCAAACCUGUUCUGCUCUGUGUGGAGGUUUCUCGUGAUCUGCUUAUUGUGGAGAACGUGGCGAUGAGCAGCAUUCCGUGCAGAUGUGCCGCUGCUUUCUGUGCAGAUGGUCUAUCCGAACAUGGACGCGCCUGCCUGCUUUAUCUCUUGACACGUUAUUGGCCCCUUGUGUUGUACCCGUUAGAAUGCGAGCCAAGAUCGCAGAAUUCCUCGUAUACAAGCGCUUGGCUUCCGAACAAAAUGAAGUGAGUACUACACGUAAUCCCAAACGCCCUGUCAAGCCUGCUUGAAGGCGCUGGUGUCCUCGUGCGAAACGAUUUUCUUUGCCUCGUUCACACUGCAGAUUUCAUGCGUCCGUUUUAUCAUGUCUGGAUUGAAUGCUCGAGAAGCCUCCACAUGUGGGUGAUCAUUUACGACUACCUGACUGUACACGUCAUGUUUUGGUGAAAGUUAAUGUGUUGCCUACUGUGACUUUUCGAGAGGGGUUUCUGAGGGGAAUUUACUUUGCAGUGUACAAAAAUGGCCCUGUGCUGUCUGAAGUUCAGGUUGAGUUGGAAAGAUACUUUGUCAUCCACAUUGAGACACGGUCACCCUGAUUGCCGUUGGCCGUUGAUUUUGUUUUAUUUUUCUAGAACCUUCUUCAAGCUGUAACACAGCUCUCUGGGAGCCUGAAUGUAGGACCUCCCACUGUAAACAAUGGGGCACUUAGAGGCUUGGAACUUUUGGUUUGAUUGAUCCUUAUCCUUUAUCGGGGUUUGAUUUUUGAAUUUGGAUGCUGCCAGUGACCACAAUUUUAGGAUUUGCACGUGACAAAUACCUGUAUAUUCAAAUGAGUGUGAAUUACGCUUCAUUUAAUGUCUGAAGUGCUGUUUCAGAGCCACUUGUCAUCCUAAACCUGCUUAUGAAUUUUUGGGUCAGAAAUGCAACUUUUUGACACCGAUUUCAUCUGAUUGCCCCGUCACACGUAAUACAAAAUUAGAAAAACCCUUCAUUCGAAUGGACAAAAAAAUUUGCUUGGAAUUCACUGCUUUGAUUUGUCUGGACAGUUUGUUUUGUUCGGCAGCCAAAGUGCACGAUCGGUAGUUGGAGUUACAAAAACGCAGACGAAAAAAAGAGCCGUUAAGUAAAAUCGUCUGGAUCUACUCGCUUCACCUCUGAAACCCAAAUUUAUCAGCCGUAUUUUAAAAAGAAAAGGAAAAAGAUUUCAAUACCUUUCUCCCCCCCAGUAUUCUUUUGUUCCUCUACCUUUUUUGAUGAGAUUUGUUUAAUGCAUUUUCAUCGGUGGCACUGGCCUUCCAAGUGGCUUUGAGCAGCACUUGCGGGGACGUUAAAUGCAUGCGUGUGGCUGACGGUGAACAUGGCCGCCCUGCUGAAACGAGGAUUUCUCUUCUCCCCCCCCCGUAGCAAUGCCGUGGGACUGCCUGAGGCAGGGUCUCUCGGCCUUGUGCUGUACGGUCUGAGGCAAGUCCCACCUUUCCUUCCAUUUCACUCACGUCAAGGGCCUUCACAGCUUUUUGCAGGCUGUUGGAUUGCACCGUCCCCAAACUUGUAGCAAGUUUGGUGAAGGCCCUUGCUUUUUUUUAAUCAAGUUUAGGAAGUUCGACUAACCCCUGGGGGCUCUCUUGUUUCCUUUGUGAGCAGUCCUGGGGAAAGAAAAAAAAAACAUCGCUUUUUAUUUUAAGAUAGACCCCAGGAGUUUGUGCGCAGGAUACUGUUUGUGGUCUUCGGUAAAGGUAGGAUACUUCUGCACCCUUCAGGGGCGGGGCGUGAGGGGGUGGGUGGGUGGGGCGGGGUCUUCGGGGGGAAAUGCAUUCCAGCAUAAAUGCCUUUGUGUUAAGUGGUGACAAAAAGACAGAGAGACCACCGUAGUUGUAGUGACAAGGAAGUAGUUGACAUUGAAGCCUUCUGGAUGGUUUUGAACUUAACGGGCAACAUUACACCUUACAGCACCAGGCGAUGAAUAAGAUCAUUCUGCAGGUUUUUUUUCAGUGCAACCUGUUACUGAAGAAUAAAGAACACCCCCCCCCAUGUCAUAGCAGUUUUCAGUGAGGACGUAUGCAGCGCAUCUAGUCAGCAUUUAUCAGGAAGCGCUCGCAUUUUCCAGCUCAAACUCUUCAGAGCUGUGGCCACUAAUGUGGUGCCCCCCCCCCACCUUGGGAGCCUUAAAGAGGUAGAAUGUUUCCAUGUGUAUGAGCAUGCCGUCAUUUAUGCUUGCGUGUUUCUCCCUCAUUCAUACUAAUGUUUAACAUACUCCAUGUUGUGCUGUUACCUUCUGUGUUGAGCGCUAAAAUUUAUAACCUGCUAGCUGAUUUGGGCCUUUGAAUGGGGUUAAAUGCUGACUGGGAAAGGUGUUGUACAUUACCUUAAGUGGACAGUGAAUAUGCAUGAAAAUAAAGCUAAAUGUGUUCAUUUUGAGUGGUCCCAACUAUUCACAAACAACUUGGUAACCUGCCAACUGAGACUAUCGAUUACUGAAUCCACCUCUUACUGCCAUUUGUUUCUGUCGACUGUAGCUACAACAUUUCAUCACACUUUUCUCUUGGCUUUAUGCGGGUAUUGAAGGAAAAAUCCCAGAAACCUGGCAUUUAACAGGUUAGUUUGCAGUGUAAGUACCUGUUAUUUCUUAGAAUAGCGUGUGUUCUGUAUAACAAGCCUGUCCUGUGAGCGGUUUGUCCGUUCAUCCCUGCAUUGUCCUCUUGACAUGUUCACAUGAUCGAUUUAAAACGGGGGGGGGGCGGGAGGGGGAUUGGGGGGGGGGGGUGAGUGAGUCAUUUCCCCGAUCAGUUGACAAUCACUUGCGUCUAAUUUAAGGUUCCCUUUCUGAAGCGUGGCGUGUAUUCUUGGCGUUGACACUGACGAGUAUUGAGGAUGUUGCCCCCCUUGUUCAGAGGGUUUGUGGUUUUAUUCCGUUGCAUGACUCUCCAGUGCCUGUCAUGAGGUAGCUGUAGCUCAGAGGGAGUGCUGUGAUUGCUUCAAGUCACAUGUUUACUGGGUAAGUAAAGGCUCACAUGUUUCAAACUUAAAUUUUUUUUAAACUUUUUUUUUUUUAAAAGUCUUUAAGAUACCCCUGUAGCUGUUAAACCGAACGAAAAAAGAAAACUGACCACUAUUUAGUAACCACGUUCUCCAUUAGAUGUUCAGAGUUAGAAAGUGGGUCCACUAUUUUUAGCACAGAGACAUUGACGAAAGAGUAGUGUGAAAGGUUCCCCAUUGAGGUGAGACAAAUGCCCCCGAUUAUUCCACCAUGGCAGGGAGUACUCUUUUCAUAUGGCCUAUGCAGCAGCCAAGCUGAACAGUCAUCCAUUUUAUGAUGGAAAUGUGCAGCGUAUUGGCCGGUUGAUUAAUUUAGGGAUCUAUUCCAAGGCACCUGCGAUAGAUUUGGCGGCCAGUCCAGGGUGUAUUCCUGCCUCUCGCCCAAUGCAAGCUUGGGAUAGGCUCCAGAACCCCCCCCCCCCCAUUACCCUGCUCAGGUUAAGCGGGUAUACAUGGAUGGAUGGAUGGAUUCCAAGAUACACCUGUAUUUCUGAUUUUUUUUUUCUGAGCUGAAGGCUGUAGUGGCACACCUGUGGACGAGGCACAGCUCUCUUCCUCUGUACCUGCUGGUUACCCGCUGCCCCUUUCAUGUGAUUGGACUGGUCAUCUACCAGAUAAAUCUGCUACGUGCCCGCUUGUUCCUUAAGAGUGCUUUCGUAUCGCGACCAUUUUAACUGGCCCCGGCUUCUGCUCAUUGGGGCUUACGUGAAAGCUGAGGAAUUGGAGAAGAACUACUAGAGAAGAUUUUGUAAAUGCAUGGACACAGGAAGCACAUGCAGGCUCCUAGUGUAGUCCACGCUCUUCAGGCAGAUGAUUAGUUUGAAGUUGAACAGCAAAACAGUCAGAUAAAAUAUAUAAUUAUAUAUUCCACAAAUAUGCAUGAAAAUGUACACUUCUAGCAAAUCAUAAAAGUAUAUUUGCAAUUGGAGAGCGAUUGCGUCUGGCUGCACGGGGUUGUAAGGUGUUGGCCUUGUGCUUUCCCACGCAUUAGAAAGUUUCCAGCAAGCAUGAUUUGUUAUUUUGAGGAAAACAUGAAACUCAUUUGAAUUGUGAAAUGGAGUGGCCUGUUCAGAACUAUAGAUCUGUGUGUGGGGGAAAAAGUGACA